AUGAUUCGCAUUUGGCUGCCGGAAUGCGGCCGCAUUAUGCGUACAACUACUGGAUUUAAGGCGACUGAUGGGAUGAUCGAUCACCCACGUUCAAAGGCUCAACGUCUCGGCAUCCGCGCCUUUGCUGUUCUCCUCCUCCACUUCAGCUUCGAACACGUUUACACUCCCAACAUCAACGAGAGGCUGCUGAAGUUCAAACCACUUCACGACUCGCACGUUGACGAGGACGUCAGUUUUGCACAAGGCUGCAAGCAACAUUUUCACCAGCUGGCCGCCGACCAGAUGACGCUCAUCGACACUCGCCGUCUGAUGUACAAGCAGGCGCGCCAUCUGCGCAACCUUUUCACCUCAAACGGGGUGUCUGUUCCGGCCCUUCUGAAGGAGGCGCUUAUGGAACAGCGCGUAGCCGGUGGCCGUGAGGAUGGUCAGCCCCAGGAAGGUGGCGGCUCGCUUGAGGGUUUUGACGCGAUUCAGGCGGGCAACAACUACUACCAGAAGUUGUUGGUCUACGCGGAUGCGGUCAAGGGAGUGCUCGAAGAGCUCGAAACUUUGCUCACGAACAACGAGCGAAUCAAAUGCGACAACGUGAGGCUGACUGCUGCGUUGAGCGACGCGGAGGCCCGGCUCGAUCGAAAGAUCCCUGCUUGGCGAGUCCAAUCCGGCUACGAGACUGAGCCGGCGCCCCGCAACUACCUGAUGCUUCUCACGGCGUCGACGAUGCUGAACGCCGCUCUGGGUGGAGAUGUCCUCAACGAUCCUGACGCACCCGACACCCCGCCAUCGCCGCUGAACGCCGCUCAGCACGAUCCGCCCGUGCGCUCCCCUGCGAUCGGCUUCGAGCACUUGUCUUCGGAGGGUCUGGACGACAUCCAGGCGGUCGUUUCUUCGCCAACCACGUCGCCUACCGCGCCGGCUCGAGACCUCACCAACGAGCAGACGAUGAACAGCGGCUAUUCCCCGGCUCUCUUCACCACUACCGGGCUCGUCGUCCUCUGCGCCUGCCCUACUCCUGUUAAAACGAAGGAUCCAACAUUGAUUUUCCUUUGUGUCAAUGAAUACGCACCGCAUACGCUGCUCGAUGCGAAUGAGAGAAUGCAGAAUUUCGAGACGAUCCACAAUGCGCACGUUGAAGACGCGGCUACUUUUCUCCGCAGAACCAAAUCGCUUUUCCUUGAUCUGAGUGCCGAACAUCUGCACCUCACAGACGUCCAACGCAUUGUGCUCAAGAAUAUGCGCCACGUUCGCAGUGUUUUUGUCAACAACUCCCUGCCAACCCCGGAUCUCGUCACGGCCGCUCUUCGUGAACAGCGCGUAGCGGGUGGUGUUGAUCUUGACCGUGAAGGAGACCGGCUCGACGUGACCUCCACCAACGCCUCCUACCACGCCUCACUGACCCCAUAUGCCGCCGCGGUUGACCAAGUGAACCAAAUGAUCAACGGACUCGGCGACGAGAACCUGCGCGAGAAGUUGGAGAUCGAGAAACUGGCUGCCAUCCUUCAAUCGGCCGAAAUUGUCCUCGACAAGAAGUUGCCCAAUUGGCGCGCCGACCACCCGUACCCCCGAUCCGGAGCACAAGGACUAUAUCCGCAUCCUCGAUCCUGGCUCCCCGAACGCCGCCGUUGCUUUGGCUGCCCCCCAGGAGAA